AAAGUAUACGGGCGGCUGCUUCCGGUCUGGUAAGCUCUGCUCAGGUUCGCUGCGUGGUUUGUGUCAUGCGGAGAUAGGCCUCUGAAAGCAAGGCGGGAGGUGAGGAACCAGGAACCCGCGUCCGGACUCCAGAGUCAGGAUUCUAGCAGAACGAGGACAAAAAGGAGCCAGGAACCUGAAACGACCUUUCCGCUGUUUCCGCGGGGGCAACUUCCACGAGGAACUCCCCUUUCCCUGGUAACGGCCAGAAAGGAGGAGAUGGCGCCAGUCUGGGAGCGGCUGUGGCCGAGACAGUGAGGAAGCGUGAGAGGAGGGAGUAAGAGGGCAGCCUCGGGAGAAGUAUCGGAGUCGUUGCUGUCACCGCCGCCGCCGCCACCAUGGAAGGAGCCAAGCCAACAUUGCAGCUCGUGUACCAGGCAGUGCAGGCGCUUUACCACGACCCAGAUCCCAGCGGAAAGGAGCGCGCCUCGUUUUGGCUUGGGGAGCUGCAACGUUCGGUUCAUGCCUGGGAGAUUUCUGAUCAAUUGUUACAGAUCCGACAGGAUGUGGAAUCAUGCUAUUUUGCUGCCCAGACCAUGAAAAUGAAGAUUCAGACCUCAUUUUAUGAGCUCCCCACAGACUCUCAUGCUUCUUUAAGGGACUCAUUGCUAACUCAUAUUCAGAACUUGAAAGACUUGUCACCUGUCAUUGUGACACAGCUGGCUUUAGCAAUAGCAGACCUUGCCCUACAGAUGCCUUCUUGGAAAGGAUGUGUACAAACAUUGGUAGAAAAGUAUAGCAAUGAUGUAACUUCUUUGCCUUUUUUGCUGGAGAUCCUUACAGUGUUACCUGAAGAAGUACAUAGUCGUUCCUUGCGAAUUGGAGCCAACAGGCGCACAGAAAUUAUAGAAGACUUGGCCUUCUAUUCUAGUACAGUGGUAUCUUUAUUGAUGACAUGUGUAGAAAAAGCGGGAACUGAUGAGAAGAUGCUUAUGAAGGUCUUCCGCUGUUUGGGAAGCUGGUUUAACUUGGGAGUUUUGGACAGUAACUUCAUGGCUAAUAAUAAGUUAUUAGCGCUCCUUUUUGAGGUUUUGCAACAGGACAAGACCUCAUCUAACCUACAUGAAGCUGCUUCAGACUGUGUGUGCUCAGCUCUAUAUGCUAUUGAAAAUGUGGAGACUAACUUGCCAUUGGCCAUGCAACUUUUUCAGGGGGUCUUGACAUUGGAGGCUGCCUAUCAUAUGGCUGUGGCACGUGAAGAUUUAGACAAAGUUCUGAAUUACUGCCGUGUCUUCACUGAGCUAUGUGAAACUUUCCUGGAAAAAAUUGUUUGUACUCCAGGCCAGGGUCUGGGAGACCUUCGAACUUUGGAACUGCUUCUUAUUUGUGCAGGCCACCCUCAGUAUGAGGUAGUAGAAAUUUCCUUUAACUUUUGGUACCGACUAGGAGAACAUUUGUACAAAACCAAUGAUGAGGUUAUCCAUAGCAUCUUCAAAGCGUACAUUCAGAGGCUGCUUCAUGCUUUGGCUCGACACUGCCAGCUGGAACCUGACCAUGAGGGUGUUCCUGAAGAGACUGAUGACUUUGGGGAGUUCCGAAUGAGAGUGUCAGACCUGGUGAAGGACCUGAUUUUCUUGAUUGGCUCUAUGGAGUGUUUUGCCCAGUUGUAUUCUACUCUGAAAGAAGGCAACCCACCCUGGGAGGUGACAGAAGCGGUUCUCUUUAUCAUGGCUGCUAUAGCAAAGAGUGUUGAUCCGGAGAACAAUCCUACCCUUGUGGAGGUACUGGAGGGAGUUGUCCGUCUCCCAGAGACUGUACAUAUGGCUGUGCGGUACACCAGCAUUGAGCUGGUUGGGGAAAUGAGUGAAGUGGUUGACCGGAACCCUCAGUUCCUGGACCCUGUAUUGGGCUAUUUGAUGAAAGGCCUGUGUGAAAAGCCUCUGGCUUCUGCGGCAGCCAAAGCCAUUCAUAACAUUUGUUCAGUUUGUCGGGAUCAUAUGGCUCAGCACUUUAAUGGACUCCUAGAAAUUGCCCACUCCCUUGAUUCUUUUAUGUUGUCUCCCGAAGCUGCUGUGGGUUUGCUAAAAGGAACAGCUCUUGUCCUAGCAAGACUACCUUUGGAUAAGAUUACUGAAUGUCUUAGCGAGCUAUGUUCUGUUCAGGUUAUGGCAUUGAAAAAGCUGUUGUCUCAGGAGCCCAGCAAUGGCAUAUCUUCAGAUCCCACUGUGUUCUUAGACCGCCUGGCAGUGAUAUUUAGACACACCAAUCCUAUUGUAGAAAAUGGACAGACUCAUCCAUGCCAAAAAGUCAUACAGGAAAUUUGGCCAGUUUUGUCUGAGACUCUAAAUAAGCACCGUGCUGACAAUCGGAUUGUAGAGCGUUGUUGCCGAUGCCUGCGCUUCGCUGUUCGUUGUGUAGGCAAAGGGUCUGCAGCCCUGCUACAGCCACUAGUCACACAGAUGGUGAAUGUGUAUCGUGUACAUCAGCAUUCCUGUUUCCUGUACCUUGGCAGUAUCCUUGUGGAUGAGUACGGCAUGGAGGAAGGCUGUCGGCAAGGAUUAUUAGACAUGCUCCAGGCCCUAUGCAUUCCCACCUUUCAGCUCCUAGAACAGCAGAAUGGCCUCCAAAAUCACCCCGACACUGUAGAUGACCUGUUCAGGUUAGCUACCCGAUUUAUUCAGCGUAGCCCUGUCACCUUACUGAGGAGCCAAGUAGUCAUCCCGAUCUUACAGUGGGCCAUUGCGUCUACCACCUUGGACCAUCGAGAUGCCAAUUGUAGUGUCAUGAGGUUCCUACGAGACCUCAUCCACACAGGAGUAGCAAAUGAUCAUGAAGAAGAUUUUGAAUUGCGGAAGGAACUGAUUGGACAGGUGAUGAACCAACUCGGACAGCAGCUUGUAAGCCAGUUGCUCCACACAUGCUGCUUCUGUCUCCCCCCGUAUACCUUACCAGACGUCGCUGAAGUACUCUGGGAGAUCAUGCAGGUUGACAGACCGACUUUCUGUCGGUGGCUAGAGAAUUCCUUGAAAGGUUUGCCAAAGGAGACAACUGUGGGAGCUGUCACAGUGACACAUAAACAACUUACAGAUUUCCACAAGCAAGUCACGAGUGCCGAGGAAUGUAAGCAAGUUUGCUGGGCCUUGCGAGACUUCACCCGGUUGUUUCGAUAGCUCACGCUCACACUCCUGCACUGUGCCUGUCGUCCAGGAAUGUCUUUUUUUACUAGAAGACAGGAAGAAAACAACCCAGACUGUGUCCCACAAUCAAGAAAACUCCGGUGUGGCAGAGGGGCCUUCACUGCCGCCAGACAGGGAGAAACU